AGGCGUCUCCGUGUUUAACUUCUGUUUCAGACAGAGCUGGAACCAAAAUAAAAGGUACUGCUGGUUCUCCUCCUUUCUGAAAAAAGCUAUAAACGAGAACUCGGCGCGGGGCCUUCGCUGCAGCGUCCUGCGGCUGACGGGGCUCGGUGCGGUGAGGCAGCGAGCGUCUCCCGCUAAUGCACGUACGCUCAUCUUUCGGUAUGUGAGCCAUUUUAUCGUAAAUUGUUGUUAAUUAGCGUAUUCAUCCUUAAAGUUUUUCCUCGUCGGGAAGGGCCAGCGUACAGCUGCACUGGAGGCGCAGCGCGAAUCCGGCUGGUACCAGCCGCUCGCCGCUGCCGGGGCUCCGCCGGGCUCUGGGGCUCCGCCUGCCGCCGCGGACACCGUCCCUCUGGCCCCGGCACCGGGCCCGCCGGCGGAGGGGCGCUGCCGGCGGCACCGCCCCCACCUCGACGUGCUCGUAGUAGCUGCCGGCGCCCAGCCGCUGGAUGGAGCUGAAGCCGCCGUCCCUACCCCGGGGGGCCUGGAUCAGCUGCGGGACGACCUGGUUCACCAGCGCCGACGCAUCGGACGCGUCCCGGCGGUCGAGGCCGAGCCGCGACAGCACCUCCCACAGGCGCGGCGGGUGGCUACCGCCCCGUCGGGCACCGCCGCUGGCCUCCGCGCCGCGGGCGCUCUGGCGGACGGUGCCCCGCUCGGCCGCCCGCCGGGCCGGCCCGCAGGCUCUCGCCGGCGGUGGGGCGCCGCGCGCCGGGGGAUGGACCGGUCCCUCCGCAGCGCCCGGAGGGUCGCGGCUGUGUCCGGGCUGCGGGCAGCGCCACCCGCCUGCCCCGCUACCCUGUGCCGCCGGCGCCGUCCGUGGCCACCGCUGCCCACCCGCACCCGCAGGAGGGCGAGCGCCGCGCCGGGGCGAGGGGGUCCCGCCUCUCGCCUCAGGCCAGUUCCUCUUCCAGGCGCCGCGCCCCCGCCGAGGAAACGAAACCCCCGGCGGGCGCGCUCGCCUGCGCUGCCCGGCUGUGCCCGCUCCCGCCCCGCAGCCCGGCCGCGGGGGAACCCCGACGGCUACGGCCGGGCCGGGCCACCCCGCGGCCGCCCGCCUCCCGCCCGUCCCCUCGGAGCGGUUUCCUGCCCCCGGGCGGCCCCGCCUGCCCGCGGCGCGGGGGCACGCGAGCACUGCCGCCGCCCGGCCCCUCUCCGGCCGCUCGCAGCCGCCAGGGCGCCGGGCCGGGACCCCGCCCGCAGACGCCGCCCGCCAGGGCCGCUCCCCGCCGACGGGGGGGUGCCCGCUCGGCACGCGGCCCCGCCCGCGCGGAGGAAUCCCGAGCGCCCGCUCCCCGCUUCCGGUUCCGGCCGCAGCGCGCGCCCCGGUGCCGGACGGGCCGCGGCUGCCGCCAUGUUGCUGCGCAGCGGCUGGCGCCGCCUGGCGCUAUCCCCGGGGCCGGGGCCGGGGCCCGGGCGCCGCCGGGCGGGCGGUGAGGUCGGGGCGGCGGCGGCGGCGGCGCGCUACGAGGUGGUGGUGAUCGGCGGGGGCCAUGCGGGGACGGAGGCGGCGGCGGCCGCCGCGCGCGGCGGGGCCCGCACGCUGCUGCUCACGCACAGGAUCGGCACCAUCGGGGAGAUGUCCUGCAACCCCUCCUUCGGCGGCAUCGGGAAGGGGCACCUCGUGCGGGAGGUGGACGCCCUGGACGGGCUGUGCGGCCGGGUCUGCGACCGCUCCGGGGUGCACUACAAGGUGCUGAACCGCUGCAAGGGCCCGGCCGUGUGGGGCCUCCGCGCUCAGAUCGACCGGGGCCGCUACAAGGAGGCCAUGCAGAAAGAAAUCCUCAACACACCACUGCUGACGGUUCACGAGGCAUCUGUGGAGGAUCUUCUAUUGGCAGAGCCAGAACCAGACCAUCCUGGGAAAUGCCAAGUCACAGGAGUCCUUCUGGGGGAUGGGAGCACAAUACAUGCUGGGAGUAUUGUCCUGACCACUGGUACAUUUCUGAGGGGUAUGGUCCUCAUUGGACUGGAGAUGCAUCCAGCUGGACGGCUAGGGGACCAGCCAGCCAUCGGGCUGGCUCAGACUCUGGAGAAGCUGGGAUUUGCAAUGGGCAGGCUGAAGACUGGGACGCCACCCCGACUUGCCAAAGAUACGAUUGACUUCCGUGGUCUGGAGGAACGUGUAGCUGACAAUCCUCCGGUGCCAUUCAGCUUCCUCAGUGAGGCUGUGUGGAUCAAGCCAGAAGAUCAGCUGUCAUGUUACCUGACUCGCACUACCCUGAAAGCCCAGCAGAUUAUCCAUGAUAACCUCCACCUGAACAACCAUAUAAGGGAGACAACAAGGGGGCCGCGGUACUGUCCCUCUCUUGAGUCAAAGGUUCUGCGCUUCCCAAACCGAGAACAUCAGGUGUGGCUGGAGCCCGAAGGCUUGGACUCCAAUGUCAUUUACCCGCAAGGCAUAUCAAUGACGCUGCCACCUGAGCUCCAGGAGCAGGUGGUCAAAUCCAUCCCAGGCUUGGAAAACGCCAAGAUACUACAGCCAGGCUAUGGGGUGCAGUAUGAUUUUUUAGAUCCUCGUCAGCUGACUCCUUCUCUUGAGUCUCGUCUUGUUCAGCGCCUCUUCUUUGCAGGCCAGAUAAAUGGCACUACAGGCUAUGAAGAAGCUGCAGCUCAGGGUGUGAUUGCUGGGAUCAAUGCUUGCCUACGGGUUCAUGGCAAGCCCCCUUUCGUUGUCAGUCGCACCGAAGGCUACAUUGGUGUCCUGAUCGAUGACCUUACCAGUCUGGGCACCAGUGAGCCGUACCGGAUGUUCACCAGCCGUGUGGAGUUCCGCAUGUCCCUCCGGCCUGACAAUGCCGAUGCCAGGCUCACCCACAGAGGUUUUGAAGAAGCUAGGUGUGUGUCACAGCAGCGAUAUGAGCAAGCAGUUAAGAUGAGAGCUGCUUUAGAGGAUGGAAUUGCGACACUAAAAUCCCUUCAGUUCAGCAUAUCCAAAUGGUCCCAGUUAAUACCAGAAGUUCCCAUCAGUAGAGGUCGAAGGUCACCUGUCAGUGCUUUUGAAGUCCUUCAGUGUCCGGAGGCCAACAUGGAAGUUCUGGCAAGGGCUGUCCCAGAGCCCCUGGGAAAGCUUGCUCAAUGGAGAGAACUCUCAGAGAGAUUGAAAAUAGAAGCUGCUUAUGAGUGGUGUGUACUCAAUCAACAGCAGGAAAUAGAAGAAGUGCGUCGUGAUGAAGCCCUCCAACUGCCGGAGGACAUAGAUUACUUCGCCGUCGAUGCGUCGCUGUCAGCAGAGGUGCGGGAGAAACUGGACUCUAACCGUCCCCGGACGAUCGGCGCAGUCAGCCGCAUCCCUGGAAUUACACCAGCUGCUAUCGUCAACCUGCUAAGAUUUGUGAAAACCCAUCACCAGAAGACAGAGAAGCGAAAAGUUUUACCUCAGACUGGCCAGUAUUUACCAGGGGAAACGCACUCAGAGAAAGCAACUUCCUAAAAACACAUUUCAGCAGAGUUUUCUGAAAAGGAGCCAGAGUACCUGUGUUAAAACACCUUCGUAGGGAAGCGUACCCCUCCUGCCAGGGUACGUGGCAAGAUCACCUGUGCUUCCGAGCCUCUUCAGAGAGAAAGCCUGCGCUGGCUGGAUCCAAAGCAGUUCUGGUUGUGUUCUGUGACAGUGUCAUUGAGUAGAACAGAGGCAAUGAAUGUGCAAACCUGAAGUAAAUGCUCAGGAACGUAAACACAGCCUGUGAUUUUGCCUAUCCAAAUGAAAAGACGGGGGCAUCACUUUUAAAAUUCCACUCAUUCGGAAGAUGUCAGAUAGUCAAAAUGUGUUCUGAAGCAUCUUGGAAAGGACAGCGUUUUGCUCUUCUGAAAUGAGUAAGGAAUGUUACCAUGCUGAAACCACAGCAGCGCCAGAGGAUUUGAGCUGGAAAGUGUGUUCCACUGACUUGAGUAUUUGUGUUCGUCACUGUGCAGCAGCUACACGCAGUCUGAAGUUUCAGUGUGCUCUCAGCCAGUAGGAGACACUUAGCUAUGAAAGUGUGUACCACAGAUAUUGCAACUUGCAUAAGAGACUGACUGAAUGUAAACACCGUAUCCUGGGGUUUUUUUUUCCUCCUUUAAAAUAAAUACAGCUUAUCUUGAAACUUG